CCCUCAGACCGAAUCUCGAUCUUCCCUCUUUCGAUUUCCAGCCACGGCAACCACUGAUUGAAACUGUGUCGUUUUUCGUUGUGCGGUGAAAGGUCGCAUUCGUCCUCACUUUUCCCGGCGGUAAAGGGGUUCGAGUACGCGGUUCGCCCGCAGCAAACAGAUCGAUAAACAAGCAGAAAACAGAAGAGAAAACUAAACCAAACUUGAAUCUGUUGCGUCGCGUUCACAGCGAUACACAGUAUACCUCGAUCCCUCGCGAUUAUUUCCUCUUUUUGCACUGGACGAGGAAAGGCUGUUGGAUCGGGUUCGAGCGCGCUGGCUUCUCAAGUCUCAACGUGCUGUCGUGAUUUAACAAGUUUCCAUCUACUAUUAAGAUACGUUUAGCCUGCUCCCGGAGGUCAGUUUUACAUGUAGGAAAACAACGAAUUCCAUUCUGCUGGUUCGACUGGCACCGAUUCUGAAGUUAGUUUCCAGAUGCAGAGUAAACAAACGCGCUUUACGAGCAGAUACCCAAAGAAAGACUUGAUCUGCCCUUGCACGCUUUCGCUCGGAGACGUUCUGCGUCUUUAUUUGGAGUUUUAAGGAGCGGGCUCGUUUCGAAGCCAAAGGGAAGGAAGUCUUUUCUUGAUGUACUGAACGAAGAGCAACGUCCUAUGUGCGGCGUCCACUUUUCCUGACAGGAACGGACAUCACAGCCCUAAAGAAGUUUCUCCGUGGUGCGUCUUGAAUCUACAUCCCCUUGCCGCCCCGCUGCUGCAGUAACAUGUCUGACCAGAAUCAUCAUCUUCAAAAACACUUCCUCUGAUGCAUGUUCGCUCUCUACAUGAAAAGACAAUUCUGCUCUACAUCCGGUUGCACACACAGCAAGGCCCGUUGAAAUUGGGAAAAGCGUGUCUACUACCUGAAGCGUUCCAGUCUUAAGUUUACAAGCUGACAGAUCAGAAGUCUCACGUCCUGAGGUGUGACUGAAACUCAACGAGUCAAAAUGGCCAACAACACUGCGGACCACCCACAGGGGAACUCUGUUGUUGAGGUCGACCAUGAUGGGGAGUUUGGCUGCUCGACAAUGCAGCUCCGCCAGCUGAUGGAACUCCGCAGCGGUGAGGGAGUCUCAAAGAUAGCUGAAUGCUAUGGAGAUGUACAGGGGAUCUGCCUCAGGCUUAAGACAUCGGCAAUCGAGGGACUCUCUGGUGACCCUGCUGAUUUGGAAAAACGCCGCACAGUGUUCGGUCAAAACUUCAUUCCCCCCAAGAAGCCCAAGACCUUUCUUCAGUUGGUGUGGGAAGCCCUCCAGGAUGUCACUCUCAUUAUUCUGGAGGUGGCUGCCAUUAUUUCCCUGGGCCUGUCCUUUUACCACCCACAAGGGGAAAGCAGUGACAACUGCGGUCAAGCAGCUGGAGGUGUGGAGGAUGAGGGUGAAGCUCAGGCGGGCUGGAUCGAAGGUGCUGCCAUCUUGUUUUCCGUCAUCAUUGUGGUGCUGGUGACGGCCUUCAAUGAUUGGAGUAAAGAGAAGCAGUUCCGUGGGCUGCAGAGUCGUAUCGAGCAGGAGCAAAAGUUUACGGUCAUCCGGAAAGGCCAGGUCAUCCAGAUACCCGUGGCUGAGAUUGUCGUGGGUGACAUCGCGCAAAUCAAAUAUGGUGACCUUCUCCCAGCCGAUGGUAUCUUCAUCCAGGGCAAUGACCUGAAAAUAGAUGAAAGCUCUUUGACUGGAGAGUGCGAUCAGGUUCGCAAAUCUGUGGAGAAGGACCCUAUGCUUCUUUCUGGAACUCACGUGAUGGAGGGAUCUGGCAAAAUGGUGGUCAGUGCUGUGGGCCUGAAUUCUCAGACUGGAAUCAUUUUCACCCUUUUGGGCACUUGCAAUGAUGAUGAGGAGAAGAAGGUCAAGAAAGGUAAAAAACAAGGACCCCCUGAAAAUCGCAACAAAGCUAAGACCCAGGACGGCAUCGCUCUGGAGAUCCAGCCGCUGAAGAGCGAGGAAGGAGCGGAAUCCGAAGAAAAGGAGGAGAAGGAAGAAAAGGAGAAAAAGAAAUUCAAAGUCUCCAAGAAGGAGAAGUCGGUCCUGCAGAGCAAGCUGACAAGGCUGGCGGUCCAGAUCGGUAAAGCAGGUCUCAUCAUGUCUGCUGCGACAGUCAUCAUUCUCAUCCUUUACUUUGUCAUCGAUACCUUCGGUGUUCAGGGACGCGAAUGGACUGCAGAGUGCACGCCCAUCUACAUUCAAUACUUCGUCAAAUUUUUCAUUAUUGGUGUGACUGUACUGGUGGUGGCAGUGCCUGAGGGAUUGCCUCUGGCUGUCACUAUCUCCCUGGCCUAUUCAGUUAAGAAAAUGAUGAAGGAUAAUAACCUUGUAAGGCAUCUGGAUGCAUGUGAAACCAUGGGUAAUGCCACUGCCAUAUGCUCUGAUAAAACCGGAACGCUGACCAUGAAUCGGAUGACCGUGGUGCAGGCCUUUGUAAGUGACAUCCACUACAAGAAAGUUCCUGAACCAGAUCUCCUAAGUACAGAGAUUCUAGAGCUGCUGGUGAACAGCAUUUCCAUUAAUUCAGCGUAUACUAGCAAGAUCCUGCCCCCAGAAAGGGAAGGUGGUCUGCCAAGGCAUGUGGGUAAUAAGACGGAGUGUGGCCUUCUGGGUUUUGUGCUGGAACUGAAGCGAGAUUAUCAGCCUAUAAGGGACGAGGUUCCAGAAGAAAUGUUUUACAAGGUUUACACUUUCAACUCCACCAGGAAGAGCAUGAGUACCGUGCUGAAGAACUCAACGGGUACAGGAUUUCGUAUGUACAGCAAGGGCGCCUCUGAGAUCAUCCUGCGCAAAUGCUCCCACAUCCUCGAUCCUUCAGGCCAGCCUCGUGUCUUUAAGGCCAAGGAUCGGGAUGAUAUGGUAUCCAAAGUCAUCGAGCCGAUGGCCUGUGAAGGCUUAAGGACCAUUUGUGUAGCAAUGCGAGACUUUCCAACCGAACCUGACUGGGACAACGAGGCUGAGAUACUAAACAACCUGACCUGUAUCUGUGUGGUGGGCAUUGAAGACCCUGUCCGCCCUGAGGUUCCUGAUGCUAUUCUUAAAUGUCAGCAAUCGGGCAUUACGGUCCGGAUGGUCACCGGAGACAACAUUAACACAGCCCGUGCCAUAGCUACAAAGUGUGGAAUCUUGCAGCCCGGAGAGGACUUCCUGUGCCUGGAGGGAAAAGACUUCAACCAGCAGAUCCGCAAUGAUAAAGGAGAUGUGGAACAAGAGCGUCUUGACAAGAUCUGGCCUAAAUUGCGUGUUCUAGCCCGUUCCUCCCCAACAGACAAACAUACUCUGGUCAAAGGCAUCAUUGACAGCACAGUUGGAGAGACCAGACAGGUGGUGGCCGUGACUGGAGACGGAACUAAUGACGGUCCUGCUCUCAAAAAAGCUGAUGUCGGCUUUGCCAUGGGAAUUGCUGGCACUGAUGUUGCAAAGGAGGCCUCUGACAUCAUUCUCACAGAUGACAACUUUACCAGUAUUGUCAAAGCCGUAAUGUGGGGACGGAACGUGUACGAUAGUAUUUCCAAGUUUUUGCAGUUUCAGCUGACAGUCAAUGUGGUGGCUGUGAUCGUGGCGUUCACUGGUGCCUGCAUCACACAGGAUUCCCCUCUAAAAGCGGUUCAGAUGUUAUGGGUGAAUCUGAUUAUGGACACGCUGGCUUCAUUAGCUCUGGCCACCGAACCCCCGACAGAAUCACUCCUGCUGCGCAAACCUUAUGGGCGGGACAAGCCACUCAUUUCCAGGACUAUGAUGAAGAACAUCUUAGGUCAUGCAAUCUAUCAGCUUGUCAUCACAUUUACUCUUCUAUUUGCUGGUGAGAAGAUCUUUAGCAUUGACAGCGGCCGCAACACUCCCCUCCACUCUCCGCCAUCUGAGCACUACACCAUCAUCUUUAAUGUGUUUGUCAUGAUGCAGCUGUUCAAUGAAAUCAAUGCCCGGAAGAUCCAUGGCGAAAGGAACGUGUUCGAGGGAAUUUAUCGCAACCCCAUAUUCUGCCUCGUUGUGGUGGGAACCUUUGCUCUGCAGAUCAUAAUUGUGCAAUUUGGAGGAAAGCCGUUCUCCUGCACGGACCUCAGCUUGGAUCAAUGGCUCUGGUGUGUGUUUAUAGGGGUUGGUGAGCUGCUCUGGGGACAGUUAAUCUCUGCCAUCCCCACGCACCGCCUCAAGUUUCUGAAGGAGGCCGGUCAUGGCAUACCGAAAGAGGAGAUCGCAGAGGAUGUGAUGAUGGAGGGUGAUGAUGAGAUGGACCUUGUAGAUAUGGAGCUGCGUAGGGGACAGGUUCUGUGGUUCAGAGGACUCAACCGUAUACAGACUCAGAUGGACGUGGUUUAUACAUUCCAAACAGGCCAAACGGCAGUGCCCGGGGCCCUGCGUCGCCAGCCCUCCGUGGUCAGCCAGCACAACGACAUUAAGGUGGUGAAUGCAUUCCGUAGCUCCCUAUACGAGGGUCUAGAGAAGCCAGAAUCCAGAAGCUCCAUCCAUAACUUCAUGUCUCAUCCUGAGUUCGUACCCCUUUCUGAGGAGGAAGCCCACGUCCCCACGAUAAAGGAGAGCUGUGUAGAGAUCGAGAUGCUCCCCUCCUCUUCCAAAAACGGAGGCGGCGGCGAGCCCCCGGGUCGCUCUCUCCACAGCCAGGAAUGUUCCGUCUGAUCCCCUCACAACUGUUCCUUGUCCGGCCUUAUUGCCCCAGAAUGUUUUUGACAUGCACGCCGGGCACCACCACUCGUCCGGUGAACCCGAGGAGAGUCCGGCCAAUGGACAUCAGAGGGACAGCGCCCGCAGUGGCCGUUUGGUCGACCACAACCCUUCUCUCCCUCCUCCAUAACCCACCCUUCAACCCCUCUGCCCCUCUCGAUUUGCACUGUGUCGCCAACAGCAGCAGCAGCAGCACUCUGUAAGUACAUGCUGCUGUGCUGCAGCCGAUGUGACGCAUUGCCUAACUCGCACACUAGAGGGCGGCACUGCGUCAGAUGCCCUCUCUCAGCCUGUCACUGGCAUUUUUAUCUCUUUUACAGUUGUGAUAAUGUCACUUCUCUGGUCUCGUGUAUUGCUGUAAUCAUUUAUUGUUUUGUCCUAGGACUCUCAUUUGCAUAAUUUUGAUCAAGCCCAUUUUGUUCAUCCACUCAGUUUCUGUUUGGAUGUUUAUUUAGAUUUUAUUUCUCUUUUUUUGUUCUGUUUUAAGGUGGAUUGAAAAACAUGGCAGUUCAGCUAUCCUUGUUACUCAUUCUUUUAAUGUUUUCAAUUUUAACGGACAGUUUGAAAUAGUUCAGACACACUACAUUCUUGUCAAGUAGGAUGCUGAUUUCGAGUGUUCUGUCACUUUAUAUGUACAGAUGUAAGGCUGCUAUAGUGACCAUUAGCAGAAUAAAACGACUCUAAAAACGCCUCUUGGAUAGCCAUGAGUACCCAAUUGGCUCUUGAGGGGGCAGAGAGGGUCAACCCACAUCAUCUCAACACAUCACACCCAAAGGCGUCUCUAGUCUCUUGUUAGACCAUUUAAUGCUUAACUGCCUCAAAACAAAGUUCCAUCAAAUACCCUGGCUAAACGACCAAGUACUUUAUCAAAGGUACAGCACAUCACCAUAGUGUGCAUGUAUCUGUAGGUUCAUCUGUGUCUGAUUGUAUGGGAAUGGGAAUUGUUAUGCUUAUCUACUAAUAAAAAAUAUUCCUUUUCUUUCUA